GGACGACCUCGAUGAGGGCAUUGCCGAGAUGAACUGCCGCGGCCCCAAAACGCGGCACGGCGGCAGGCGCCCCGCCAAGAGCGGCAUCCCGAACAGGCUGAAGAGGGACCGGCUGGAGAGAGUUAUAAAGCGCGGGAUGGAGGCGCAGCACGAGUCGCCGCCCCUUCCCAGACCCGGAGCGGGCACGCUGCCAGGGGAGGCAGACACCAAGAAGGGCGAGUGCGACCGGAACUACGCCAAGUGCUGGACGCUCUGCAUGCGUUACAACAACUACAUGCUUAGGGACAAGAAGCAAGACUGCAAGAUCAGGUGCUACGCGAAGAGGCGCCAUUGCUACUUCACAGCGAGGCCGGCGCACCUGCAGAUCCGCCCGGAAUUCAGGGAGAUGAUGGGCGUCACCGGCACGCAGACGUUUGAGGAGUGGGUCGACAGCUUGCCCUCGACGCGCCCCAACUGGAAGUACGGCAGCUACGAGCCCGGCAACUUUCAAGCACGACCUUCCGCGUCACCUCCCGCGUCAGGCCAGGCCUGAGCUGAGUCCAGCAAGAAGGGCCUGUCGCGUCAGGCCUUCGCGGUGCGCGCGCGGAAGGGCCGCCGCCGCCGCCCAAACGGGUCCUGAGGGAAAGGGGCUUCCUGAGCUCUUCUGCCGUGGUCAGCCUCCUCGGGCCCCUCCCAGGCCCUGGGGCCGUCCGGCCGUCCCUGGGGCUCUGGGGGGAAGCCCCAGGGGCGCAGGACCCAGGGCGACUCGAUGCAGCACAGUAUCGGUUCCCAUGGUGAGGUGAACGCAGCCGGCAAGACCUACCGUGCAGAUCCUCAGAAACUCUUGGAAUUAAGUUUGAAGCCUCGUUGUCGGCGCCACCGUCGCCGCCUGCCAACUCGAGCUGCUAGUGUUAAGUCGGGCCGGUCCCUCUACAGGAGGAA